AUGGCAUCAACAGCAGGAGAAACCCCAUCGUCUAACAAGCCCCCAGGCUUCAUGUCAGGCUAUAUGUCUGAUCUCUCUCAGUCGCAGGAUCUCAAUUCCUUCCUGCAAAAGAAUCAACCCUCUUACGAUCCCAACACCAACAGCACCACCACCGCAACUAGCGCAGCAACGCCACCAGCAGCAUCUAUUGCCGAUACAAAGACCAACGAUACCCACACACCCUCACCCUCCUCCUCAACACCCAAAUCACCAACGUCACCAUCCACAGAACCCUCACCACAACCAUCCUCAGAAACAACAGGAGGCCGUAGACCCUAUGAGACCAAAACACCCGUCGGAUCGCACCCCCUUCCAACUGCCCACUCGGUCUUCCAGAAGAAGGCGAUCCAUACCGCGGCAUUGGACAAUUGUGCAGAUAUUAAUAUGGAGUUGACAGAUUGUUUGAUGGGUCGGUCCGGGUCCUGGUGGGACCGCGCCUCGAUGUGUAUGAAGGCCAAAGAGCAGUUUGCGCUCUGCUGUCGGUUGAAUAAGGAAGCACUGCAGGAAAAGGGAUAUGCGAAGGAAGGGAACACGGCCGCACAGGAUUUGGCGAUUCUCGACUAUGCAGAUGAGAUGACGCAAAAGGCGAUGAAGGAAGACACUACUAGUACCCAGGAAAAGAAGUAG